AUGGCGGCCUCAUUUGUGCGAGCUGCGAGCCGGCACGCACACUCUUCAAAACGACUUUGCCGCUCACCAAAUCUUCAGCUUCCCUCGAGACAGAGGCAGUCGCUCCUUUUCUCCCGUUCGAUCUCGUCGACCGCUCCUCGAAGGGCAGAACCUAGCACCACCGGGCCCAUCUCUGCUCCCAACCCCGAAACCCCUGGUGGACCUUUAUCCACGACCAUCAGUCCCACUGAUUCUACCUUCACCAAGCACGUCCAGCAAGACUCCAACUUGAUCAAUAAAGCCCCCGAUACGAGCUUGGGUGAUGACUACGAGACAAGAAAGAUCCGACAUUAUACAGUAAACUUUGGUCCGCAACAUCCCGCAGCACACGGAGUGUUGCGUCUGAUUCUCGAGCUCAAUGGUGAAGAGAUUGUCCGCGCAGAUCCUCACGUAGGACUGCUACAUCGGGGGACGGAAAAAUUGAUCGAGUACAAGACAUAUCUCCAGGCUCUGCCAUAUUUCGACCGAUUUGACUACGUUUCGAUGAUGACCAACGAGCAAUGUUUCUCGCUCGCCGUCGAGAAGCUGCUCAAUAUCGACAUUCCGGAGCGAGCCAAGUACAUUCGGACCAUGUUUGGGGAAAUCACAAGGAUAUUGAAUCACCUGAUGUCGAUUCUUUCGCACGCUAUGGAUGUUGGCGCUCUGACUCCUUUCCUGUGGGGUUUCGAGGAGCGAGAGAAGCUCAUGGAAUUCUACGAACGUGUCUCAGGUGCACGCUUGCAUGCUGCAUAUGUGCGCCCUGGUGGUGUCAAGGCAGACCUUCCCCUUGGAUUACUGGACGAUAUCUAUGCAUGGGCAACUCAGUUUGGUGAUCGCAUUGACGAGACUGAGGAACUCCUGACAGACAACCGUAUCUGGAUCGGCAGAACAAAGGGCGUUGGCGUCGUUUCCGCUGCUGAUGCGCUCAAUUAUUCCUUCUCCGGCGUCAUGCUGCGAGGCUCCGGCGUUCCCUGGGACAUCCGGAAGAGUCAGCCCUAUGAUGCCUACGAUAAGGUCGAAUUCGAUGUGCCAGUUGGUCAGAAUGGUGACUGUUACGAUCGAUACCUGUGCCGAAUGGAAGAGUUCCGACAAUCUUUACGCAUCAUCCAUCAGUGCCUGAACCAGAUGCCUCCGGGUCCUGUCAAAGUCGAAGAUUACAAGAUUGCCCCACCCCCACGAGCAGCUAUGAAGGAGAACAUGGAGGCCCUCAUUCACCACUUUUUGCUCUUCACCAAGGGCUAUACUGUUCCACCGGGAGAUACCUACAGUGCGAUUGAAGCCCCCAAGGGAGAAAUGGGCGUCUAUCUCGUCAGCGAUGGAAGCGAACGUCCAUACCGAUGUAAAGUUCGAGCACCUGGAUUCGCCCACCUGGGCUGUUUCGAUCAGAUCAGCCGUGGCCAUCUACUUGCUGAUGCAGUGGCCAUAAUCGGAACAAUGGAUCUGGUCUUCGGAGAGGUGGAUCGUUAG